AUGAAAACAUGGCUGCAAUGGGUACGAGCAUGUGGAAGACUGGAUCUAGAACUUAAAGGUCCAGAAUAUGCCCACCAGAAUUGUCGUUUGUGCCAUUUGCAUUUUGAAAACAAAUGGUACAAAAUUAAUAAAGUUAGGGCUCGUCUUCACCCAGAUGCUGUACCCACUAUAUUUUUUGGACCAAGUUUUCAACAACAGGACAACACAGCACCCGAACAAACAACACAACAAAGUGAGGAAAAUGUGGUUAAAGAGAAAGUAGAUAGAAAUACAUGUGCUGAGGCAAUUGUUGCAGAAAUGCAAGUGCAAGAAGAUAAUAGCAAAGCAGAAACUUCACAAACAAUCGUCCCAAUUAUUGUCAGUGACGUAGAAAUAACUCAACCGAGCACAUCCACUAUCAAGAAGCCUGCAGUUAGGACUAAAUCGUCCGAUGAUAGCCCGAGAAAAAAGAAAUUGCGAGAGAAAUUCCAAAAAUUAAAGGCGCAAAAUAAAAUAAUGCGUGAAACAAUCCGACGGCUUCGUAUGGAAAAGAAGAAGAAAGCUACAAAAGUUGAAGAAGAAAACGAAUUCGAUCAACUAAUAAAACUAGGCCGUAAGUUAUUACCGGAAAAAUUUAAUAGAAUAUUAGCGGCACAAGUCGACGCACAAUUAAAAUGUAAACGUGGCAGAAGAUAUGAUCCCGAAUUUAAGAAAUUUGCUUUAUCAUUAUUUUUUUUAAGUCCACGAAUGUACCGGGAAUUGAAAGAUUCAAUUGCAUUGCCUUCUGUACGUUCUCUACAAUUAUUUACGCAAAAAUGAAAUAU